AUGGCGGCGUCUAUGCCGCAUAGUGGAGCCCAACAGAAAAUCGAGCAACCGGCUACUUCCUCCAUGUCCAUGUCCAUGCCAAUGAAGCGCACUAUCCCUAAUUCAUUGGCCACCCCCUCACCCACAAUGAGAGUUACCAGUCCAAUGAAUGGAGCAAAUAUCAACAAUAAACUGCACAAGAAUGAUAAAACCACCCAUGAUAACGCGAUGGUAGAGAAGAUGAUCAUGCUGUAA